GGCCAUAUUUCUGCAUUCCCGUACUUGUCAAUUCCAAGUCCAGUUUGAAAUGUACAAAGUAAUUUUUAGGAUAAUAUGUAGCACAAAUACUCGUAAAAGUCGUUUUUAAUUCCUCUUUUUAUUUCUACACAUUUUUUAAGCAUGUUUUUCGACCAAAGCGGGCUUGCCGUGGCGGCGUCGCCCCCCGACGUGCCCGACUUGAUGGGAAUCGAGUCGGAGUACGUCCAAACACAGUGUAUUUUAGCAGAUGGGGGCGACCGAUUUGGGGUAAGCGCCCUGGCUUUUGAUCGCUAUGAGGAGCUCUUGUGGAUGGGCAACCAAGGCGGCCACGUCACGUCUUACUACACCGGUGCUAUGCAAAAAUACACUUCGUUUCAAAUCCACGCGACUGAAGACGUCAGACAGGUACUUACAAUCAAUGAGGGGAUUCUAGGGCUAACCUCCAGUAGUCUAAGAUACCAAAUCAGGCGCGGGAUCCCCGUUUUCACCCACACUUCUGCAAACAUGUAUGAAAUGCAAUGUAUGUUACAAGUAGGCGCCACGAGACUCCUCAUGGGGGGCCACCACGGCAAAUUGAUCGAUUUUAACAUCGAUUUGUGCAAAGAAAUGCAAGUUGUUGAUGUGGGGGAACCAGGAUGUGUGAUGUUGCGCCCCCAUAGUAGGUUUGUUUGCGCCGGGAAUCCCUUAGGCAGGAUUGAUUUGAGAGACCCCAACACGCUCAAUACUGAACACACACUAGAGACGCACAGCGGCAGUUUGAGCGAUUUUGAUGUCCAAGGGAACCUUUUGGUGACUUGUGGGUUUAGUAAUAGACAUGGGAACUUGAACGUGGAUCGCUUUUUGAUGGUAUACGACCUGCGCAUGAUGCGCGCCGUGACCCCCAUCCAGACCGUUUUGGACCCUCUUUAUUUGCGAUUUUUACCAUCGGUCUCGUCGCGCUUGGCCGUGGUUUCGGCCUUAGGCCACGCCCAAAUUUUGGACACCGUGGCCUUCGCUGAACCCAGACUCUGUCUCAUGCAGAUGGACAGUCCUGCAAUGUGUCUAACAUUCGACAUCAGCGCCACCAGUCAGGCACUAGCUUUCGGCGACAGCACCGGCUCCAUUCACUUGUUUUCAUCAACGGCCCAACCGCUGUUCAAUUCAUAUUCGCGGAUGACGGAACAUGGGGAUCCCCUAGUUACAUAUCCGAGUUUCGCGAUUGAUGAUUACGAAACGCCACUGUCGGUUAUUCCAAUGCCGAUCUGUCACGACGGUCUGUCGUCAGACUGGCCGGAACAUUUGAUGAAAAAGUGCUACAGGCGACCAGUGGGUGUAGACCCGGAGGUUUUACGCACGAUGAAGAUGAAAGGACCGAUUGGUUACGCACCGAAUCCACGCACCACGAGGAGAAAUCAAGUCACAUACGAGAUUGAUAAUAACAAAUCUCGAGCGCUUAACAAACACGAUCGCAAUGCGAAACUAGACGAGUCUGAAGGUUUUAUAGCGAUUCCGAAACGUUACCGGAAAAUUGACGUUAAAUACAAUAAACUGGGGACCGAUGAAUGUCAAUUUGACCAGUUUAACAAGACGGGUCAUACAGGCCUUGAAGCGACUUUGCCCAACGCCUACUGCAACGCAAUGAUUCAAGUGUUGUAUUACAUUGAGCCGGUCCGAGCCGUCCUUCUCUCCCACUUAUGCAACAAAGAAUUUUGUUUAUCGUGUGAAUUGGGUUUUUUAUUCCACAUGUUACGAACAUCAGCGAACAACUCGCCCUGUCAACCUGCCAACUUUCUACGAGCUUUUCGCACAAUUCCCGAAGCUUCGGCCUUAAGUCUCGUUUACAGCGAUCUACCACCCGAUCAAAAAUCAAAAAUCAAUCUCGGAGCCCUGAUUCAGUCCUGGAACCGAUUUAUCAUCCACCAACUUCACGUGGAACUCGCCGAAGCCAAGAAGAAACAUUCCGAUCGCAAGAAUAACAAAACGCCGUUUUCGUACAACGUGACCGAUUUUCCUGCCAUAGACGAUCGGAAAAAGUGUUCAGCAUCGGAAGUUAAUGCGAACAUGGAGCAAGAAAAACGCGACAGUGAGAGCGAAAUAAUCCAGUUACUUGGCGCGAAACAAAUGCAGAAACACUCAUGUCUCAAGUGCAAACUUGAAGUAAAAAAGGAAUCGAUUUUGCUCGUCUGUAACUUAAUCUACCCAACCAACGAACCCGAACGUGACGAAUGGAGUUUUUGCGAUAUUUUAACACGUUCUCUUUGCUCGCAACAGACCACCCCAGCGUGGUGCGAAGAAUGCAAGAAGUUUGCACCAACACAGCAAACACGAAUGCUUCAGUCACUUCCGAAACUUUUGGCCAUCAACACCGGCCUUCACAACCCGCAACAUAAGCAGUUUUGGCAAAGUCAGAUGGAUAAGAUUGUGGCUAAGGUCACAGAGAAUGCUACUCCUCAAACCAUCCCUCAGAUUAAUAGUCUCAGUUCAUCGAAACCGUGCCGUUAUGGUGACCACUGUUCAAGACCUGGAUGUCGCUUUAGACACAGCUUUGACAAUGUUCCACCCCCGGCGCCGGUUAAUAACCCGUAUUGUAGCAACAAUUGGUUACCCCACUCGAUUUCGAUUGCACUCAAAGACGGAGAGUUGCUCAUUGAUAAAAUUGAGAAGAAGAAAGAGGAUGGUGGUGGGGAUAAGAAUGAAAAAGAAGAAGAGAAAAAUGAUGAUGAGUGUAAGAAGUUGUAUGAUUUAACAGCUGUGGUUUGUUAUAUCAACGAUCCGUCGUCGAGUGAAAAACGCAAUGUUGUGGCGUUGAUUAAAGUACCGGAUUCUUAUCUGUCAGAGACGACACAGUCGGAACAUAAAUGGUAUCUUUUUAAUGAUUUUAGUAUAUCAACGGUGUCGAUGCAAGAAGCGGUUUGGUUCAGUUUGGAUUGGAAGAUUCCCUGCAUUUUGUACUACUCGUCGAGGGAGGUGUUGGAGGCCAAGUCGGGGAUUUCCCCGCCGAUUUCGAAGGAAGUCUUCACUGAGGACGCUUGCAUUGCGCGCAGUUGGGGCACCUCCGCCAUCACGUUUACGCCACUCACCGACAACGAAUUCCCAAAAAAGGGCGAUUUAGUGGCCAUGGAUGCUGAAUUCGUGACCCUAAAUCAAGAAGAAGCCGAACUUCGCAGUGACGGUAAAAUGUCAAUGAUAAAGCCGUCCCAGAUGUCUGUAGCACGAAUUACAUGCAUUCGAGGGUCAGGCUCCAUGGAAGGCGUCCCUUUCAUCGACGACUACAUCUCGACGCAAGAACAAGUCGUUGAUUAUUUGACGAAAUUUUCAGGAAUCAAACCCGGGGAUUUGGACGCCAAUUUCAGCUCAAAACACCUGACGACUCUGAAGUCUACGUACACAAAAUUGCGUUUUUUGCUCGACAGUGGAGUUAUUUUCGUGGGUCAUGGUCUUAAGAAUGAUUUUAGGGUUAUAAACUUAGUAGUGCCUCCUGAACAAGUAGCAGAUACUGUACAUUUGUUUCACCUACCUCAUCACCGGAUGGUCUCGCUUCGAUUUUUAGCGUGGCAUUUCUUGGGUGUAAAAAUUCAGUCGGAAACGCACGAUUCGGUCGAAGAUGCCCGAGCCGCCCUACAUUUGUACAAGAAAUAUAAACAAUUGGAAGCUCAAAAUAAAGUGGGGGAGGCGUUAGCCGAGCUGUAUGAGAGAGGGAAGCUUCUCAAUUGGAAAGUACCGGAAGAUUAGCAAGAGCCUUAAUGAUGUAUCAUGUGUAUUUUUUUAUAAAUGUUUUACGCCUA